AUUUCCUCGAUCGGUACCGUAAUGGGCGAGUGUCUCUUGUGUAAUGCUAUAUGUUCUUGAAAAACAAAUGAAGGGAAGGACGACUAUGGUACUGGCUUAGUAUUUAUGGAAACUGUCAAUCACGGUCGUCUGUGAUGUAGUUGUUUGUUUUCUUUCGUGUUGGCCAAGUAGUUUCGGAAUUAACACAAAUGACAAAAUAAUGAGUGGCACAGGGGAAUAUUCCAUAGACACCAGUUAUUUCAACAAACCACCACCGAGCAUUUAUAGGCGAAGCGAAACGUCGAAUCCCUGGAACAGACCCACUUCUAAAACAUCUUAUCCAAGUUACCAAAAUGCACAAGACAGUUCAGUUAUGCCGCCCCCGCCGAUCCUCGGGCCUUCGACAGCCAGGCGGGCCACAUCUAGUAGAAGUUCUUAUGGCAGCAAUAGAAACUAUAACACUCAUUACAAGGGUUUGAGUCAAUAUGGCAGCACAGCUUCAGACAACGGCUAUGGUAACUCUGCGGCGAGGUACAGCACUCACAGAUACACUUCAGUGUCGUCGUCGUAUACGAGCCAGAGCAGCCCUUCUUCCACCACAACAAGAAGCUAUAAUAACUCAACUUCGGUGACUAAUAUGUAUACAACCCCGCCACCGAGUGCUGCAGUUGUACCGGUGCAAUACCCGCCGCCGCCUCCGCCGCCUCCUCCUCCACCAGCUUUACCCACAUGCACAUCCGGGGUGGAGCACUCAACUAACGUACCGCCACCGACUCAGUAUGCAAUGGCUCAGAUGGUGUACGGGACAUACAGCGUACCUCAAGUACCCGUCGAUUUUAGAGCUUACCAAAACGAUUACAUGUUCGGGAACAUGUACCAACCCGUGACCAAUGGGUAUAAUAGGAACCGUCGAGUGUCCACUGAUGGGGACCCGUCGCAAAAAAAACCCAAGAGAAAGAAACCACUGUCGCAAAACAUACCAGUGAGAAAGGAAUGGGCGGUGGAGGACGCGAGGCGCGCAUUGGAGGUCGAAAAAGAGUUUAACAAGCGUCAAAAAAGCCAGUCGUUGAUCAUAAAGUUUCCCGAUAUCGAAGUGAAUAGGGAAAUCGUGCGGAAGUUUAACCCGAAAAUCGACACGGUCCAUUUUCAACAGCCGUCGACUCCGCGCUUUUGCUUCGUCAGCCUGUCGGAGGGCGCCAACGCCGACGACGUUAUCAAAGAGCUUAACCAGACCCCAUUCGGUAGCGGUUACUUAAUCGCGGAACACAAAAAGGACCGCGAAGAUGAGAUAAACAUUGGACCGGAAGACAUCGAUCCCCUCACGCUGUACGUCGGCAACCUGGCCCAAGAGAUUACCAUCGAGGAUAUGUACAAAGCCUACCCGAAACGUAAACGGGUGGAUAUCGGUUACGCGAAGAAGAUGAAGUUCACGCGGUACGCCUUCGUGUUGUUUCACAACGUCGAGGACGCGAUCGAGGCGUUCCAGAACACUUUCGCCUCGGAAAUGCAUUCAAAAAGCAUAAUUGUCAGGUUCAGGCGUUUGCACGGAACGGUCGGCCUGCCGGGCGAGCCCAAACCUCAAAAUCCGCCGAAGAGAACCGAAGAUCGCCGAACGGAUGAUUCGAACACGAACCUGGUGGAUAUGGAGGUGGACGCGCCUCGGGAAGAUGCGGGCGAAACGACACGCAAAACCGAAACGGAUGAUCGCAGGAUCGUGCAAUUACCCCAAAUACUCGAUGACGAAUUUAAGAGUGAAUUCAAAGGUGAAAUGGAAGACGACGAGGAGUCCGACAGCUGCGACGAAAGAGACCAGCCGUUGCCCGAGAUAUUUUAUAGUAAUAAUUCGACGGACGCCGUCGAAGGUGUGAGCGAGAGCAACGAUGAUCGCGUCGAAGUAAAAAAGGAGCCUCGGGACGAAUACUGGGCGGAACCGGCUAUAGGCGACGAGGUGCAUGAAAACAAGAGGAUUAAGGUAGAAGAGCAGGACCAGAGUUUCUUCCAGCCGGUCAUGGAGCAAAUUCACAGACCUAUGCUAGAGCCAAAGAAGGAGACGGUGAAAGAGACCCAACCACAACUAGAACUACCUAUAAUGGAGGUGAAAAAGGAAGAAUACGAAACGGACAAAGACGAUGACGAAGAUAGUUCUGACGAUGGCGGCGGCGUUGAUUUCGAUAGCAUUAUGAACGCCUUGGACCGGCCUCAUUUUUAAAUAAAAUGUUAUGCAUUUCAUCCUAUAUAUAUAUAUAUAUAUAUAUAUAUAUAUAUAUAUAUAUCUGUAUAUAUGUCGGUUUAUGUUAAGUUUUAAUUGUUAAGU